CUUUGGAUCUGCAGUUGAAGUUUUGUUUUUGCAGAGUUUUAGAGUUUUCUACGACUUCUGAGCCUUCGCUCUCGGAGCAGCUGAAGUCUUUGUAGAAAUCCAACAGAGGAUCAUUUUUGUUUUUGGACUCGUGAUGCAGAUUUUCCCGCCGCCUCUUCUUCUUCUUCUUCUUCCCCCCGUCCUCCUGUUCCUCCUUCCUUACACUCCAGCUGAUGGCGGCCAUGUUCUGGUUUUUCCAGGCGAGUACAGCCAUUGGUUGAACAUGCGGAGCAUCAUGGAGGAGCUGGUGAGGAGGAACCACUCCGUCACUGUUUUAGUUGCCGAUGCAUCGCCGUCCGUCAACUACAACAGCAGCCGUGAUGCCACAAAGUUCAACUUCCUGGUUUUCAAGGUCCCGUUCAGCAGAGCUGAGUUUCACAGCCUCACUGAGGACUUCAUCCGCUUCUCCAUGUACGAGUCUCAUGUCUCGUCUCCGCUGCAGAAGUUUCUGAAGAUGCGUGAUUGGACGCGACGGUCGGUCGACCUCGGGAUGCAACAGUGUGACGCCAUGUUGAAGAACGAGCAGCUGAUGGUGACGCUGCGAGACGCUGCGUUCGACGCCGUCCUGCUCGACCCGAUGGUGAUGUGCGGAGACCUAGUGGCCGACGUGCUCGGCCUUCCGCUCAUCAUCUCGCUUCGCUUCUCCUUCGGCGGCGUCCUGGAGCGACACUGUGGCCACGCGCCGGCACCGCCGUCCUACGUCCCGGCGGCUCCACUGCCAUACGGCGACCGCAUGACGUUUGUGGAGCGGCUGAUCAGUGUGGUGACGUACACGUGGAUGUCAGUGAUGACUGAGGUGUUCUGGAGGCUGACGCUGGAUGACUACUACAGCGAGGUCAAAGGAAGUCCCAGCAGCGUCUGCAGGACUCUGGGGAACGCUGACGUCUGGCUCAUCAGGACCUUCUGGGAUCUGGAGACGCCGCGACCGACCCCGCCCAACUUCAAAUACGUGGGCGGUCUGCACUGCAAACCGGCCAAUCAGCUGCCAGAGGACAUGGAGGUGUUCGUGCAGAGUUCGGGCGAUGCCGGUGUGGUGGUGGUUUCCUUUGGCUCCAUGGUAACCAAUCUGACAACAGAGCGUGCUGAUGUCAUCGCCACCGCCUUUGGACGAAUCCCACAGAAGGUGAUUUGGAGGUUCAGCGGAGAAACUCCCAAAACUCUGGCAGCGAAUACGAAGCUUUUUGAUUGGAUCCCUCAGAACGACCUGCUGGGUCACCCGAAGACCAAAGCGUUUGUGACGCACGGCGGCACCAAUGGUCUGUAUGAGGCCGUGUACCACGGCGUGCCGCUGGUCGGAGUCCCGUUGUUCGCCGAUCAGCCCGAUAAUCUCGCCCGUCUAAGCCGCCACGGCGCAGCCAUCGUCCUCGACUUCAACCGUCUGACAUCCGACGAGCUGACGGAGGCGCUGCACGCCGUCAUCAACCAGUUGGGCUACAAGUCCAGCAUGCAGCGGCUGUCGGCGCUGCACCGCGACCAGCCGGUGGCGCCGCUGAGCACCGCCAUCUUCUGGGUGGAGUUUGUGAUGCGACAUGGCGGAGCGAGACACCUGCGGCUGGCGUCACAUGACCUAAACUGGUUCCAGUACCACAGCGUGGACACUGGCGCCGCCCUGCUGGUCGCCAUGAUGACCGCCGCCGCCCUCUGCUGGGGGGGCAUCAGCUGCUUCCUGCAACGCUGCAGCAGACGAUGCGGAAGAGAAAAGAACGACUGAAGAUACGACAGAGUUUAUUCAAUAAUAAAAGAUAAAAUUUC